CUUUUUCUUUCUCUUCUCUCAAACGAACAGACAGCUAAAAGAAUUGCAAAGGAUUUCUUUACCAGGUACCAAGAACCCUUAUUAGGAAUUCAGUUUUAAGAUGGAAAUCCAGUGAUACAAGGUCAUCGAGUAACUUAUCCUCGGACUUGGAAGACUCAUUUACAAGUAUAGACUUGUUAUGAUGUGUAGAAACACUUGUGGAUUACUGGACUUAAGAAGUUGAAAGAACCUGAGGCAUCUUAAUAGGGGUGGAGCAAUUGCAAUAUAGGGGAAGCUACAAUAUAGGGGAGUGAGAGUGAGAGUUGGGAUUUCCAUCCAUUAAUGAUUGCCGCGAAGGUUUAAACAUCAGACUAUCAAUUGAAUGAGAAGAAGUAUUUAGAGCAAAUUGUUUUUCUGCUGUCUCCAUGAAGCUUACAUGCUUAAGCAAAGGAGAUGGAUAUCACUUUCCACCAUGCUACAUAAUCACUCUGUGCGACUUUAAUAUCUUACUUGAUUGCCCAAUUGACCUUUCCGCUCUUACAAUAUUCUCGCCAAUCCCAACUAGUUCUUAUCAACCUGAAGCUGUUGAAAUUCCUAAUAGCCUUUUAUAUUCAUGUGAACCAAAGAGGCGGAGAAUUGAGAAAACUCUCCAUGCGGACGAUUUAAUCCAUGCAGAGCCUUGUUACAGAACUGUCACUAACUUGAAUUUGUGGGAUGUAUCUUCCAUUGAUUUGGUACUAAUUUCGAGCCCAAUGGGUAUGCUUGGAUUACCAUUUCUUACCCGAAAUGAGAAUUUCUCCGCCAAGAUCUAUGCUACAGAAGCUGCUGCAACACUUGGGAGGCUCAUGAUGUUGGAUCUUGUAUCGAUGCAAAAGGAAUUCAAGCAAUACUAUGGUACUAAUCAAUCUGAAUACCCCCGAUGGAUGACUUGGGAAGAGAUUAAAUUGCUUCAUCCGACAGUGAAAAACAUUGCAGUGGGUGAAAAUGGAGCAGACUUGGGUAGCUGGCAACCAUUGUAUUGUGCAGAAAAUGUGGAGAAGUGCACGGAGAGAUUGCAAUAUCUCAAAUACGGUGAAGAAACAUGCUUCAGUGACACAUUAAUCAUAAAACCGUUCAGCUCAGGUCUGGAAAUAGGCUCAUCUAAUUGGACAAUAUGUAGUUCAGGAAGAAGCAUCACAUGGCUGUCAAGCUCCAUUUUUGACUCUGCUCAUGCAAUGAAUUUUGAUUACCAUUCUCUGCAAGGGAAUGAUGUGAUCAUAUUUUCAGAUUUGUCACUCUUGCAUAGUGCUGCUAAGGAUGCUGAUGGGAAUAGGAACUUUCCUACCUUUCAAGUUCCAACUGCUUCUGAUGUCCUGGCUUUCAGGAAUGGAAAUGACUCGGAAGAAGAAUUUAGCAAAUCAGUGGUUAACACGGGCGAAAGUUCAGAAGAAAUGGAUAAGCUAGCUUACAUAUGUGCCCAUGCAAUCGAUUCUGUUAAAGCAGGAGGUUCUGUUCUUGUUCCCAUUGGUCGCCUUGGAAUAGUCCUCCAACUUCUAGAGCAAAUAUCACUAUCCCUCAAAUCUUCAAAUCUGAAGGUUCCUAUACUUAUAGUCUCCUCUGUGGCAAAAGAAGUAUUGGAUUAUACGAAUGUUGUGCCAGAAUGGCUAUGCAGGCAACGUCAAGAAAAGCUUUAUUCAGGUGAAGCGUUAUUUGGUCAUGGAGACCUCAUAAAAAGAAACAAUCUUCACUUAUUCAAAGAAAUUCAUUCACCUGAUUUUUUAAUGACAUUUCAGGAACCUUGCAUAGUUUUCUCUCCUCACUGGAGCCUCCGGAUUGGCCCCGUUGUGCACUUUCUUCGAAGAUGGAGCAGUGAUCAUAACUCUUUACUUGUUCUUGAGCAAGGAGUGGACGCGGAGCUAGCUUUGUUGCCUUUCAAGCCAGUUGCUAUGAAAGUCCUUCAAUGUUCAUUUCUUUCUGGAAUAAAGAUGGAGAAAAUUCAACCAUUGCUGGACAUGCUACAACCAGAAUAUGUUCUGUUUCCAGAGGAUCUGAGGCAGCAAUUUCCUAGUCAUGUCACAAGUUCAUUCUCAUGCAUUCAUUAUUCCAUCAACGAAAUGUUACAUUUACCACGUGUGAGAGAUUACGUGACUAACAUGGAAACAGAGUUGGCCUUCCAGCUCGAACCUAGAAGAAUGGAACAUGAAAGUAUUGCCAUUGCCAGAUUAAGAGGGAAAAUCUUCAUACAUAAUGGGAAGUAUGUGCUAGUUUCUAUGAAGGAGCCGAUUGACUCUUCAAUAAUGCAUGAUCUGACACAUUGGGAUUCCCCUGAUUCAAAGCUACUACUUGAAGCAUUGAAUGGCAGGGGCAUAAAUGGGUCUAUAAGCCAAGACAGAAGCUUCUUAGAAAUCAGUGAGCCCAGUAAGGCUUUAAUACAAUUCCAUCCUGCACAGACCAUUAUUAGCACAGAUGAAAAGGCUCUCGCCAACGAAAUCUUUGAAGCCUUGUCCACCGUUCUGAAUAAAAUUUAAAGAAUGGAAGCAUAUCAGAUCAUGUUCUAGGGGACAGCACUGCAGUUCAAUAUUGCCUUUUCUUUCAUUUUCUUCUUAUAAUUGUCUGACGUUUUAAAUAUUAAUUAAUGGAAUCUUUACUCUUAGCUGUA